GACCAGCCGCUUCUCGGUGGCCUUCCGGGUGUUCGUGGAGGGGAGCUCGCUCGUCAUCGACACCACCACGGUCACCCACGACGUGCCCUUCGGGGAGACGUUCUGCGUCCAGGACCGGGCGCGCCUCGUGCCCUCCGUCGGCGGCGUCGCGGUGGAGAAG